AGCUGGGAAAGGAGGAAAAGCAGGAGGGGAAGGAAAGGAGGCCGAUCCAAUGGUGCAGUGGCUGUUCCUGACCGGGCUGGUGCUCGCCCUGCUCUUCCCGCCGGGAAUCCAGGCGGCUCCCGAGGGCUUGGAUGGCCCAUCCAGCCGGAAUUCCGACGGAUCCCGGAGCUCCCAAAACUUCCCAUCCGAUGCCAAGAGACACUCGGAGGGGACCUUCAGCAGCGACUUCACGCGGUUCCUGGACAGGAUGAAGGCCAAGGAAUUCGUCCACUGGCUCAUCCAGGGCAGGAGGUACAAUUAAAGGGCAAAUCCUGGUUUUCCAGCCCCAUCCCAAGGGGAAUCUCCAGCUCCAGCCACCGCCGGAGGCUCCACGGGAAGGAUUCGUCCAUCCCGAGAUCAUUCCAUGACUCCCUGCUCCUCGAAUCUGCUCCCACGGAUCCCCCUUCCCUCAAAUCCAGCAUUCCCAGCUUCUGCUUCCUCGGGAGUUUUCCCUAAAUCACAAUAAAACCUUU